AUGGAGCUUGUCCCAAAAACCAAGUACACCCACUUUCGGAGUGAAUCGCUGAGCUCAACUGAUGAAACAAACUCCAAUCCAUCUUCGUUCCCUCCUUCCAGUCCUGCCACCCCGCUCACUCCCUCCCCUGGUUUGCCCUCCUCUCUCUCCUCCUCGUCUCUCACUCCCAUCUUGCCCCCCUCUUCUCCCCGCCCAGCUGAGAACAGCCCCACCACCCUCUGCUCGUUCUUCCCCAGGAUGGGAUCCCUUCGUCUGGGUGUCUCUGCCACUCUUCUCCCAGGACUCAAGGCCUCGAGCAGGCCGCAGCAGCCGCAGGCGCCUGUUGAGUCCUCUGGGGACGACAGGAGCAGCUCUAGCUCCUCCCCUCCGCUUCAUCACCCACUCCCCCCACUAACCGCUCCUUCUCCCCCUCCCCGACCUCCUCUGCAGGACAUGAACCGGCUGGGAGGGGCGUCCAGGAGGGCACGGGUGGAAGGAGGGCAGCUGGGAGGAGAUGAGUGGACGCGCCAUGGCUCCUUUGUCAACAAGCCCACCCGUGGCUGGCUGCACUCCGACAGUGUGGUCAGCACCACCGGUGUUUCCUACACUGUACGGUACAUGGGUUGUGUGGAGGUGCUACAGUCAAUGCGAGCGCUGGACUUCAACACCAGAACUCAGGUCACCAGGGAGGCUAUCUCUGUGGUGUGCGAGGCAGUGCCCGGAGCCAAAGGAGCCCAACGCAGGAGAAAGCCUUCCUCUCGCUGUUUGACCUCCAUCCUGGGGAAGAGUAACCUACAGUUUGCUGGCAUGACAAUCAGCCUCACCAUUUCAACCAGCAGCCUCAACCUGCUGGCCUCUGACUGCAAACAGAUAAUCGCCAAUCAUCACAUGCAGUCCAUCUCCUUCGCUUCUGGAGGAGACCCAGAUACAGCUGAGUACGUAGCAUAUGUGGCCAAAGACCCAGUCAACCAGAGAGCUUGUCAUAUUCUGGAGUGUUCAGAGGGUUUAGCCCAGGAAGUCAUCAGCACCAUCGGCCAGGCCUUUGAACUGCGUUUUAAACAGUACCUAAAAAACCCUCCAAAACUCGUCACACCUCAUGACAGGAUGGCUCCAUUUGACGGCUCUGCAUGGGAGGAAGAAGAUGAUGAGGCUGCUCCACCUCCUGAUGUCCCUUACUAUAAUAAUUUCCCUGGAAAACAGCCUCCCCCUGGUGGACUGAUUGACAUGAGGACCCGCCCAGGUGCCACACUGCCUUAUGGACAGCCUGGUCAGAAUGACAUUCACAAGCAGCCGCUGCCUCCUCUACCAGUGGGAGCCAAAGAAGGGGCACGGGAACUGUUUGAUGACCCUUCAUACGUCAAUGUGGAUAAACCCCGCCCCCCAGUUGCAGCCAAUGGAAAUGCUCACAGAGACGCUUUUGACAUGAAACCAUUUGAUGAUGCCCUGGGGGUCUCUGGGCACAGUGGCCCAACCUCAGUGAUAGCAGCGCCCCCUCUGGUGCAGCAGUUGCAGUGCGAGGCCUGGUUCCAUGGUAGCUUAAGUCGCAGGGAAGCAGAGAGGCUGCUGACCCGCGAUGGAGACUUCCUGGUGCGAGAGUCUGGGACUACGCCUGGACAGUACGUCCUCACAGGACAGCAGGGGGGUCAGCCCAAACACCUGCUACUUGUCGACCCAGAAGGAGUGGUUCGUACAAAAGACCAUCGGUUUGAAAGUGUGAGUCAUCUGAUCAGCUACCACAUGGACAACAGACUCCCCAUCGUAUCAGCUGGUAGCGAAGUGUGUCUGCAACAGCCAGUAGAGCGCAGGGCCUGACAUUACACACACCAAUGAAAUGCUCCACCAAAUGUACAUACACUCUUGCAGCAAUUCAACACAAGUCAAACACACCUUCAUAUGCUAGAAUACACACAGCAACACUACCCGUAAUACACACACACACACACACACAAAUCCAUAUGCACAUGCCAUAGCAAUGAAAGCCAAAAAAAAAGAAAAAAGUCAUCAGUUUCUCUGCAGAAUCACUCACUCGCUGCUGUUGCUGCAUAUUCCUUUCUGAAAGCCAAACUGUGACCUGCAGUCCUUGACCCCACCAACUGUCAGGUGCAUCCCUCCACAACGGAGAAGCACUGCUGCAAUUUCUCCACAGCCUACUGUGAACCAGGAAGGAGCCCUUUGCUAAUUUCAGAAGGGGGCAUAAAAUAUUUCCUUUUUUUCUUUUUUUUUUUUAAGGAAAAAAAACAAAUACUAUUAUGUGAGUCUGAAAAAAAAAAAAAGCCAGAACACUUUACUAAUACACGGAAUCAUGUACAAAAAAUGUGGAACUGAAAAGUGACGAAAGGAACAUAAAUGGGACAUGGAAUGAGAUUUCCUGUGCUUUUAAGGAAAUUUAGGGAAAUGAUUUCCCUCCUCAGACUGUUGCUGGUGCAUAUUGGGCAAAACACAAACUGGAUGGCAGUGGUUCCUUGUUAAAAAGACUGAACCAGGCUCCAACAUGAACUUUUCCUUUUAAAGCGUCACUGGAGCACUUCAGCAGCAAACGUGACUUUGUAAUAAUUCUGCCUGAUGAAUAUGCAUAAACGAGUUUGCUUCCAAUCUAAUCAGGAGGGCCAACCUACCCCCAACCACUCCCCUUUCAAGGACUUCUGAAUUAAGUUUGACCCCCAGAGUGAUACCUGUUGAUGAGGAAAGCCUGUAUGCAAAACUGGGGACUGCUAUGCCAAUGACCAUCUUUUAUUUUUUGUUUUCAUCUGUUAUCCUGGGACUCAUGACUUAUUGGAUAUUCUGCGUUCAGGAGGAUCGAAAGAGCUGUAUCUCCUUCUCCUCUGUAAACACUGAUAUACACACCUUUAUGCCACACACGGUCUGCACCAAAGAACAUGAACUUGGUUGCUAACAGCAGAGAAAGCCAUGACAAUUAUCAACAUUUAUCCGUCUUGUGUGCUUGCAGAAAUGGGAGCAAAUUUAGGUUGGAGGAAAUGCAUAUUAAAAUGGGCCUAUUUUAGAGGGGAAAGGAAUCUAUGUGAUUGUGCCUGAAUGCAUCAUCAAAAAUUUGAUCUUUACUGUAAAUUGUGUGUUAUUGUCAUCCACAAACACAAUAACUAGUACAUUUUCAGAAGCAUAGGCCACAUCACUUUUGGCUUACUGCUUUUUAUUGACUCCUUAGUAUGUGUUUGCACUGACAAUCUAUGGGUUUCAUCUUUACAGAGUAUUCUGACUGAAAGCAAAAGAAGAGCAGUUAAAGGAAAUCCCUUUAAAUGGUGGCCAGUGAGAAAUGUAUGAGCAGUCUAAGCAAUGACCAUCCCUCUGCAAAAAUGAUGCAAAGUAUGUCGUAGUAACUGGUAAAGUAAUUUUUGUGUAUUGUGAUGUUGCUUUAUUUUUAAAUCACUUGAGGGAAUAAUGUCCUUUAAAAAAAGUGAAGUGGUUUGGGCGUAAAUGAACAUAAGGACAUAAAUGUUUUUGGAGCAUUGCUAACGACGUGUUUAAGCCAAAUGUUCCUCCUCAGUGUGCUGUUUUCACCAAGUUUUGAGGAUCUUGAGGGAGAAAUCGUCCCUCCUUUCCUCUUCCUCCUCCCUCAGUUCAUGAUGUUGGGUUUUCUUUUGUCUUUUUAAUCGUGCCUUGUUUCUUCAAUGCAGUCACGUCACUCCAAUGCAGUCACCUUAUGUACUUAAUUCAAAUGUAGUCGACUACAGGAGAAUCUUACACAAGCCUCUCAGUUAAACAAAGACUCUGCAAAAACGACACUCCCAAUAAACACACACAAACAGAUCCAGUGAUGGCAAUCUCCUCUGAUGCACAUUCUUGCAUUCAGCUUAUAGUCACAGAUACUUGAUGUCACCAUUUGGGGGGCCUGUAUUUCUUGACCAUCUGUAAAUAACAUUGAUUUUUGACUGGUCAGCUUACUAUUGGAUUAUUGUUUUCAUUGUUGUUUAUUUAAUGACUUAUUUGAUAAGUAAACACAGAGCCAGACACCACAGCACCGAGAUAGCUCUCCUUACAGCCAGUUCAACUAGUCAAAGAGAAAUAUGAGAUGGGAUCUUUCAACCUAAAGCUUAACCGUCAACUAGUACUCAGACCCUGAAGUGGGCUCAUGUGUAAUCUUACAUGCACGCACACAUACCAGAGCGACAGCUUGGGUCAGUCAGAAACUCACACUCACAACUGCCUGUUCAGGUGUUUGUAGGUCAGAGAUAGGAAAUCCAGAGCUUUAAGUUCUGCUGUGUGUGCCUGUUGCGUGUGUGUGUGUGCUGAAACAGACCCACCUGACCCUCUGCAUCAUUAGUGAACUAGUGUUAUCACCGUUUCAUCACAGAUGCCUUUGUUGCAUGAAAGUCCUUUCAAAACUCGUUUGUUGUUGUUGGUGGUGGUGAUGGUGUUGAUGAUGCUGUUGUAUUUUUUCAUUUGUAUUUUUGAAAGCCAAAGGUUACUUUCAAAUUGCGUGCACAGAUAUUGAUUUUUACUUUGUAUGUUUUUGUUUUAAUACUGUUUUUGUUGUUGUUGUUGUUGUUGUUUUUAGGGAAACAUGUUGGUUUACACCUGUAUCUGAAAACAUAGAUUGCAUAUAUAAAUACAUAUAUCAUU